UCCUCAGGGGCUGUGCAGCGUGCAGCGGGGCCUUCAUCCAGGGUGAAGGGGCCCCUCACCGCCAGCAGCCAACCGCUGACUGGAAAAAAGGGGAUUUCUUUUUACAGGAAGUCAUCCGUCUAUAAAACCCAAACCAGAAGAACCAUGAACACACAGAUCAGAAGCUCACGGAAGCAGAACAGCAGCAAUUUGGGGAAGUAAAAGAUAUUUUCUGCUCUUCUGUGUUUGCAAUAUUGAAAGUUGACCGCAGUGAAGAUUUAGGAACCGCAGAGUUUCCUGCUGAGCUUCUGCUGAGCUUCUGCUGCAACAAUCGGACUCAGAACCGUCUCUGGACCCCGUUCAGGAGAGAGGACACGAUGAAGAGCCUGGCGUUUCUGCUGCUGGUGGCGGUCCUGGUCGAUGGGAUAGUCUUCGAGCGCUGCCAGUGGGCGCGGACUAUGAAGAAUUAUGGGAUGGAUGGAUACCAUGGCAUCAGCCUGGCCAACUGGGUCUGUCUGACUUACUGGGAGUCGAGCUUCAACACCGCAGCAAUCAACCACAACAGAGACAAAUCCACCGACUUCGGCAUCUUCCAGAUCAACAGCCACUGGUGGUGCAACGACACCCAGAUCCGCACGGCCAACGGAUGCCACAUCAUGUGCAGCCAGCUCCUGAGUGAUGACGUGAGCGCGGCCAUCAAAUGCGCCAAACGAGUCGUCCUGGAUCCCCAAGGCAUCGCAGCCUGGGUGGGCUGGCAGGUACACUGUAAGAACCAGGAUGUGAGUAAAUAUGUGGCCGGAUGCGGCCUGGAUUAAUGGUUUCUGUGAACCGGCACGGUUACAGGAAGAAGAAACCGCCUUGACAGCUGAUCAAAGUUCAUUAAAGCUCCUUAAAUCUUUUCUCAUACAAUCAGAAGAGAUGUGGUACGUUUACUGUGCUGGUGAAUGCAAAUUAAAUGUUGAUUUUCUUCACAAAGAUCUGUGAUUUUUGUUACUUAAGGUCUUCAUUAUUUGUUCUCUAAAAUUUUAAUUAAUCAACUUUAUAAACUUUGUUUUUGCUGCUGCAUCUGUGUUUGACUAUGAAUUUUGAAAUUUCUGCUUUAAAUGGCUUUGUUUAAUAAAUCCAGUAAUAUGUU